CAAACACCAGCAGCACAAACCAAAAACAGUUUUCAUUACUGAGCUGCUGGAACUAAUUGAAGAUGUCAUCUUCAAACAACAAUGUGUCUAUCCUACAGCAACAACAGUGACUGAGAUUAAAUGGGAGGAGGAACCGUGUGACUCACACUUUGGCCAAAGGAAUUAUGGCCCAUUUGGGAUUGGACUCUGGGAAGGGACGAGUUUGCGUGAGGAUAUAAAGCAUAUAAACGCACACGGGACGAGUAUAAAACAGAAACUUCAGCAAGACUGCAGGACCAUGUCUCAACUGGGCGAACAAGAGGAAGUGAAGAGGCCUGAGGUGAAAACGGAGGAUUUGAUUGGAGCCAGAGAUAAACUUGCAUCUGGAACUGAGGUGAAGAGCAAGACUUUUGAGGUGAUGCAGGAAUGUGAACGAGCUGGGAAAGCCGCUCCAUCCGUCUUCAGCAACGUUCGCUCAGGAUCAGAGACUGCCUUUAACAAACCCACCAAGAGGAAGUAACACUGUAGGACCAUUCUGUUUUACUGGAUCAUACUGCUGAAACACGUGGUACAAAUUAAGACUGUAGGAAAAUAAAAAAAUAAAAAAGUCUAAAAAAAA